UAUUGCGCGCACAACAAUGCGUUGAUACCGUAGAAACUGAAACUGUUAUAACACGAAAUGAUGCUUAUUUUUUUCAUUUAAGUGUAGUUAUAGUGAAUUUUUUGUUCCGAAAUUAGCUUUUAUGGACAUUUCUGAAGGUAAAAACCAUCGCGUCGACAUUAACUUUAGUGAGAGGCAAGUAUUGUGGUAGUGUUUCAAUUGAUGAGUGUAUGGUAGAAAAAGAAAUUAAAACCGGUAAUGACAAUAACAUGAAGCUCAGUGUGUCGGCGUAUAGAGCUCACGCGUCCGCGCACAAGAAAAUAUUAGACACUGCGUACAAUCUUAAUUAUGGCUCCACUUCGGCAUCUCAUCCGCAUACGACGGGGUCUGCAAGCUCAUCAGGAAUGGCGACUUCUUCAGGAUUUCAGAUUGAUCUAUCGAGUAGUAUUGGAUCUGUGACGGCGACCAGCGGCGUCGGAAGCCACCAUGGGAGUGGCAACGGCGUCGAAGGUGGUGGUUGUCAUACAACAAGUAGUGGACAACAUUUGAUGGUGGCCAAUACCAUGGUGGACGAAGGCAGUUCGGACGACGCUAAUACACCGUUACAAUCGCCGAAAUCGCAAAAUACUAGUCGAGAAGAAGAUGACAGUUCUAAUGCGAAUGAAUCCGACUGCAGAAGCCCAAGUCAAAGAAAUUACCAGUCGACUGCGCACCGAGACAGGAGAGAAUCGACCAAACAAGCUACACAAAGUUGGAAAAAUUUGCGGGCUGUCAUGGCCUACUACCAUUCGCUGCGAAAGAUCAAGAGAACGAAAUCGAAUCAAAGGUGGAUGAAAUUACGCACCACUGUACAAAUAUCUUCAGCAAUAUCAGCAAAGAAACCUCCUUUGAAGCGUGAAGAUUCUUUUUUACAACGAUUUUCUACGCGACAGAUUCCAGAAACGCAAGAGACUGUAGAAGACACCGGAAGCGAAGGUGAUAGUCAUACAGCUCCUCGCAGGAGAAGAAGACCACGAAAACAACCUAGAACCGUGGUUAAUCCUGACUCGAACUUUUAUUUUUAUUGGUUACUAGUUUUAACAGUUUGUGUUUUGUACAAUCUUUGGACGUUAAUAGUGCGUGAAAGUUUUCCUGAACUUCAGGAAAUGAUUUCAACAUUUUGGCUAACCUGUGAUUUCAUGAGUGACUUGGUGUUUAUUUUGGAUUUGGUCGUGCAGCUUCGGACAGGAUAUUUGGAACAAGGGCUGAUGGUGUACGAUUCCAAAAAAUUAGCCUCUCACUACUUACGCUCUCGUGCCUUUUUGCUGGACUUGGCAGCUUUAUGUCCACUCGAUCUCCUCCAAGUUAGGUUAGGAUGGCAUCCGUUACUAAGAUGUCCAAGAUUUUUAAAGGUGUACCGUGCCGUUAAUUAUUAUUAUAUGGUAGAAUCCAGGACUGUUUGGCCGAAUUUAUGGAGAGUGAUAAAUUUAAUUCAUAUUCUUUUGAUACUUGCUCACUGGUUUGGAUGUUUCUAUUUUUUACUAUCGGAAGCGGAAGGUUUCCGGGGCGAAUGGGUCUACCCAUAUCGGCCAGGAGAUUACGCUACAUUAACACGAAAGUAUUUAGGGUCUUUAUAUUGGUCGACGCUCACUUUAACAACUAUUGGUGAUCUGCCAACACCAGAAACAAAUGCCGAGAACAUAGGAUCGGUGGACGGCCCUCGGUCCUUGCCGCGAAGAGGAAUCAAGUCACGUCUUCUACAGUUUAAUACAAGUAACGGAUAUAUAUUCACAAUCCUAAGUUAUCUCAUAGGGGUAUUCAUCUUCGCAACAAUUGUAGGACAAGUUGGCAAUGUGAUAACUAACAGAAAUGCUAACAGAUUAGAAUUCGAACGUCUUCUAGACGGAGCCAAAACUUAUAUGAGGCACCAUAAGGUACCGGGAGGUAUGAAAAGGCGAGUUUUGAGAUGGUACGAUUACUCGUGGUCAAGAGGACGAAUACAAGGUGGAGGGGAUAUCAAUACGGCACUUGGACUACUUCCCGAUAAACUGAAAACUGAGCUUGCCUUACAUGUCAAUUUAAGUGUUUUGAAAAAAGUUACUAUUUUCCAAGAGUGCCAACCUGAGUUUCUAAGGGACUUAGUACUUAAAAUGAAAGCAUAUAUUUUCACUCCGGGGGAUUCUAUCUGCCGGAAAGGCGAAGUUGCGAGAGAAAUGUUCAUCAUCGCCGAUGGAAUCUUGGAAGUGAUCAGUGAACACGGAAAGGUCUUAACGACAAUGAAAGCCGGUGAUUUUUUUGGAGAAAUUGGAAUAUUGAAUUUGGAUGGUUUGAAUAAACGAACGGCAGACGUAAGAUCCGUAGGUUAUUCAGAAUUAUUUUCGUUAUCUCGCGAAGACGUUUUAACGGCCAUGAAAGACUACCCAGAAGCUCAAGAAAUUCUUCAAGCAUUAGGUAGAAAACGACUCAUGGAAGUUAAAGCUUCUGCACGUAUCCCGCCUAACAAAGAUCACCAUCAUGGACAUUUUCAUUGUACAGAAAAGGGUUUAGUCGAUAAAAUCAAAAACGAAGCUAAGGGCUUACGGAACGUCUUGAAGAAAUCGAAGACUCAUAGGCGAUCAGACGACUCAUUAGAGCUUCAAACUAUGCAUCUUCCUAAUCAUGCUAAUAAAGCUACGUUAAAACGAAUGUCCAGAGUGAAAUCUCACGAGCUCAGUCAAGAAGAGAAUGAUAAAAAAGAAACGAGUGCCUACGAAACAGUUACUUCUCCCAUUGGAGCUGGUCUUCCACUUCUACAAAGAUUAAAAUUGCUCAAAGAAAAGCAGGAUAAUGAAGAAAGGGGAAAAAACAUUUCGUCCCCAAUCGUAUCUCCUACGUCUUUUACGGUUCGAUCUCCCCCUCCCAUCAACGAGGAACCGUCAACGGAAGACGCGAUGAGUAGUGGCUUACCUCUUCUUCAACGCAUUUUAACACUUAAAGCGAAAGAAGAGAAAGCUAAAACUGGUAAAACAGUUACUAUUGCUCCUAAAAGUGUUACGGGGCAGUUGUUUAGCGGAAUGAGCUUAGGAAAAUCACCAUCUCAAAAUCAACAAAUAAUGGCACCUUUAUUAAACGCUGUAUCCGGAAGAACAUCGAUAUCAGGUCCGGUGAAAGGUCCAUUAUCAAUAGCUACUUCCAAAGCAGCUGCUCCGGUAAAACUUUUAACUAAUAAAAUAUCUCUUAGAGAAAGAAUCAAAUUAGCAACAGGUACAAAAGAAAAAGAGUCCAUUAUAAAAGAAAACGACUCACCUAUCACAGACAAUACAGUAGUGAAAUUAGUGCCAGCCCAACCGUCCAGUGAUAAUAACCAAUCAGGUUAUGAUGCAACUUCUCGAAGUGUUAGUGAUAGUGCAAGUGAAAAAGUAACCUCGAAUAUAAUAUCAACGAACAAUCAAAUUAUUAUGCAAAAAACUCAUAGUAGCGAUAAAAAUGAACCUAACUGGUUAAAGCUCAAAAAAGCAGCAAUCUCAAAGGACAUAGACGUCAGUUUGUUACCGUUACCAAAGGAAAGUCCUGUAGAAACUAAAGAUGAUACGAAUAUAUCGAAAACGCCUGCCGAACAACCUAAGCCUAAGCCUAAUUUAUAUCUAACUAAAAGAACGAAGCAUUAUAGAUCUAUUGACGACUUAUCUCCUGAGUACGGUCCCCUUCCUUUUGUGAAAAAACUCAAAAUACUCAACGAACGACAGAAACUAGAAGAGUUAGAACAUGUGAUGAAGGCUAGAAGCUUCUCUUUGGACAUUCCUGACAACCCAACCUUCGAUAAUGACACUUUGACAAGGUCUCACUCUGAAGGUUCUAGUAUGCACCACGAACAACAUAGGAAUGAUUCACAGUUUCUAGCGACGCCUUUAAUAGCAAGUCCUCUGCAUUCUUCUAACGAAUCAAAUGAAACUAUAGAAAGAAAAAACUUGAAAUCGAUACUGAAGAAGCUUUCAGAGGAUACGAAGGAUAAGAAAGAAGUUAAAGAAGCUGCUACGUUAGACAAAAUUGAUUCAACGGAGUUCAGAAAAUUAAUGAGAGCUCCUACGAUCGAGGGUUACGCAGCACGACAUAGUAAAUUAUCAAAAAGCGUAACAUUCAAUAGAGACACUUUACAAAGUCCGCCAAAUAGUGCCACCCUGACGGGAGAUACACAGAAUAUAUUUCCUCUUGUUAGUCCAUCCUUAAACUUAGAUAACGGUUUACAUCUACCACAAGAAAAUAAACAGAUCGACGUGGAAAAAUGCGGGAACCAGAUUGUGCCUAAUACAGCAAAUAACCAAGUGAAACUUUUUAAAGGCUCUUUAGAAGACGAACAGCAAUAUUUCGCAGACAUCCUAAUGGCUAUAAAGCAAGUAAUGAGUGCUCACCUUCAAGACGUCCAAAUAAAAUACCAACAAAAAUUCGAAAAAUUAGAAGAAGAAAUUAGGGCGAAAGAUGAAAUCAUCUCGCAACUCAAAGUACAUAUCUCAGAGUUGAAAAAAACUUAUGAAGAUUCUUUCACACCUAGUGAUUCAUUAGAUACAGUAAUAAGUAAAGAAAAGAACUCAUGGGAAGACCCAUCUUAUGAGGAACAAGAAGAAUUAGAAGAGCUACCCCGUCCAAUUCACACCUGGUCUUCUUCUUCUUCAUUACCUCAACAAGAUGUAGUUUUGGAUGUUGAAUCCACAACAGAUACAGAUACAGCGGGAGAAACAUCUGAGCCUGAAGAGACUGAUUGCGAUUCGACAGAAUACGAAAACUCCAGUCAAAACUGGGAAAUAGAACUUUUAGCAGCACAAAUGAGAAAGAAACGAUCAGCCAGUCUGGAUUACCCAGUCACUAGUUCUUUUAUCAAAAAACGCCUUAUCAAAGGCUCUUCUAUGGACCAUGAUUGAUAUUUAAUUUUAUUUUAUUGUAAUAGGUUUUCACUAAAAUUUGGAUAAAAAAUAAUUAGGUUCAUAAUCUACAACAAACUGGUGAAAUUCCAGAAAUACCAUUUUUAUACCCAAGAAAACAUAAAUAGUAUAAUGAUGUUUGAAUAAUUUUUUUAUUUGGCUCAAAGACCAUCAAAACAUAAUUAACAUUUGCUUAAUUUUGAACAUGAUCGAAAGCCAUCAGAUAAUCGAUAAAAGACGUUUGAAUAAUGUAUAGACAUGGACAAGGUAUACCCUGAUGAGCCUAGUCAACAUGUACAUUGAAUACCUACUGGUAAGGCUCUUCUGAAAAUUUGAGUUGAAAGAUUUUAUUCAUAAAUCACACAAGAGUUUCUGAAAAAUAAUUUGAUUUAGAUAGAAUAAAACCAAACUAUUUUCUGUGUACAGAAAAAAUGAGGUUUUCAGUCUAAAAAAGUAUAUUGCUUAUAUUAGUAUACCCCGUAUAAGUUUUUGGUAAAUUUUUCUUAAGGGAUACACAUGAAACAUAUUGAUGAAUAUAUGAUUGACGGUUGGAACCCGAUAAACAGAGACGUUUCUAACUACAUCCGGUGUAUAACCAAAAGUCAUAGAUAAAUGAAAAUAUUUUUUAACUGAAUUGAGUUCUUUGGAAAGCUGCUGUGUACAAAAUUUAGAAAAAAUAUUACCACUGGUUUCCGAUAUAUAUGUUUAUUAGACAAUUUUGGUAUGCCCUUAGAUCCUCAUAUAUUUUAACUUAACCCAACACAAGAACUAAAAUUAAAUCCAAAAUAGUCAUAUUUGAAUUGGUAUCUUUACAAAGAUGGUGUUUCAAUUUUUUUAAAUACAAUAUAUUGAGGGCAAUAACUAAAAUUGAGUUAAAGUUAAAAGCGAAUAAUUAAACAAAACCAAAUUCCAUUAAAUUGAUACUAGUAAAUAAACUUUAAUCACUUAUACUGAUUUAAUUUUUUUAUAAAAAAGGGUUUAUAGGAGAUGUUUACAAAUUAUAUUGUCGAAUAAUUGAUAUGAUCAUUGUAAUAAAAAAAAAUCAAUAUUUAUGAACAAUAAUUGAUUACUAUAGUGAAAAUGACCAUUUUAGAUAUGAUAUAAAUCUACCUAGAAAUAACAACACAUUAUCUGAGUGAUAAAAUUGUAAAAUAUACUUUAAGUUUAGAAAAUAAAAAAUUAUGAUAAU